CGGGAGCGAGCUGCUCGUGCCGCUGGCCGGCGCUUUUGGGGGGGGGGGGCCACCCGCGGGAGCCUGUGCUGCUCCCGAUUGCAGGUGCCGGUGACGUUUGACGACGUGUCCGUCUAUUUCAACGACAAGGAAUGGGAGAAGCUGGAGGAGUGGCAGAAGGAGCUGUACAAGAACGUGAUGAAGGGGAACUACGAGUCGCUCAUCUCCCUGGACUAUGCAAUUUCCAAACCUGGUGUUUUGUCUCAGAUCGAGCAAGGAGAGGAAUCGCGGGUCAGGAACGAGCAGGACUUGGAGGAGAGCGAGAUCAUUACCGAUGCCACCGCAGCUGGGAUAAGGGUUGUGAUCAAAACGGAGGAGCUCCUUCCCGAAGACAGCCCUGAAAACCCCGAGCUGCACGGCAUGUCGGGGCAGGACCUCCCGGGAACCAGCCUGGGUGACUCGUCCGAAUACGUAGCUGACUUCAACGAGAUCCAGAGAGUCAUCGUUCACCACGGGAGCUGCACAG